UAUGACUCACUUAACGCAUUGCCAAACACCGGGAGUGGGAACGGACCCCGCGUCGAGUGGAUAGAAGUGAAGGCAUCCAAAGUGUGUCCCUUUCGUGGCUUAAUCUACAGUGGAGAAACGCCGACAGAAAUCAUCAAAAAUGUUUCUGGUGAAGUAAAAAGUGGUCAAUUGUUGGCAAUAAUGGGCGCCAGUGGCGCCGGAAAGACAACGCUAUUGAAUGUAUUGACGGCCAGAAACCUAUCGAAACUACGGGUGAAAGGAGUGGUGCUAUUGAAUGGACAGGCGGUCAGUGCGGAGACAAUG